AUGGAGAAGGGGAAGUCAGUGGUCGCGGAGCUCGCGGCGUCGUUCAGCGGCGUCCAGGUCACGCCGCGCCGGAAGCCCGCGAGCACGCCGCCAGCGGCCAGCUUCUAUUCAACCAUGAAGAAGGCCAGGCCUAGGAAAUUGGUUAGUUUGUGCAUUGGCGUCCUCGGUCAGCAUCUUGAAGAUAUUAUCAAUGAUAUUUCUGAAUUUACUGCCUUCUUCCCACCACACAUAAAGUUGGCAAUUAUGUCUGUCGCAAGGAGGAGAAGAUUACUGAAUGAUGAUGUUCUGGUUUCUCUUGUUGAUAGCUCCUGGAAGAUCCUAGAUAUAUCUGGGUCUGAGGUUACUGAUGUUGGCCUGGCUACUGUGGCACAUACUUGUAGUAACUUAUGGGCAGUUGAUAUUAGUCGAUGUGAAAAAAUAAGUGCUGCUGCCGUUUCAGAAAUUAUAUGCCACUGCCCAUCCCUGGAGAUAUUAAGAUGCGGAGGCUGUCCAAGAAGCGAAUUCACUGCCCGUGGGUGUGUCAAUCUCCUGAAACCCAAACUGAAUACCCUUGAAGAGGACUCAUGGGAGGAGCUUGAAGCAGUAGAUUUUGGCAGUGGCGCACAGUCUUUAAGAUGGCUAGUUUGGCCCAAGAUAGAUGAUAACUCGAAGGAAAUUCUCGCCUUAGAAUGUCCUCGUGUUAUCGUCAACCCGAAGCCAUCACUUCUUGACCUCGGUGGAUCCAAGACCCCAAGUGAAGCAUUGGCAAGCAUACCACUAGACCAUUCCGUGGUGGAAGAUAUUGAUCCAAAAACAUGGGCGGUUUCUGCUGCCCCUCGAAGAGCUGCUGCUGCUCCACCUCACCCAAACGCUCCGCCUGAAAUACCGAUCGCGGAGAGGUUUAGGCUAGCGUAUGUGGAGAGGGACGCGAGGCUGGCGCCGAAGAGGGCCAGGAGGGAGAGGCAGCACCGACGCCGCGCUGAAAGGGAUUACUUGAUGAAUGAUAUCGACGCCAAGUCUAUUGCGCUUGCGAGUAAAUACCUAAGCAAGGGCUAG